AUGGCGUCGGCACCUGAUUACAGCUCCUACAGCCAGUCCAGUUCUCAACCGGGGUAUGCUUCUUAUGCUACUCCGGCCUCUCAAGCCUAUGGACAAUCUGCUCAGCAGAGUUAUGGGCAGCAAAGUUACGGCUCAUACGCCCAGCCUGCUGCAGCUGCGGCUGACAACACUUACGCCCAGGCAACGCCUGCCGCCGGAAGUUACACUCAACAGCAGCCUCCACAACAGUACAGCUCCUCCUAUGGUCAGCCAGCGCAAGCUGGGUAUCCUGCUGCCCAGUCGACCACCCACGGUUACACCCAGUCGUCCCAGGCUUAUGGCGCACAGGCCUAUGACGGCGCCCCCGCUGCUGCGGCUGCCGCCGCCGCCACUGCGCCGGCUGCUUCCCAGUCAUAUGGGUCUCAGCCUGGGUAUACUGCUCAGUCUGGAUAUUCUGCAUAUGGCCAACAGCCAGCUCCUGCUGCACCGCAGAGUUACAGUGCGAACAGCCAGGCUGCUGGUUACAAUCAAAGCAGCUACUCCCAACAGGCAGGAUACGGCCAGCAGCAGUCUGGCUACCAGGCCCAACAAAGCAGCUACAGCCAACCGCAAGGUGGGUAUCAGCAGCAGGCACAGCAGCAAGCUCCUCCUGCUUACCCACCCCAAGCUGCAGGUUCCUACGGUCAGCCCGCAGCCGGUCAGUAUGGCCAACAAGGCGGACCGCCCAGCUAUCAAUCCAACCAUUACAAUAGUUACAGACAAGAUGGCCAGGGUGGAGGUUCUGGCUACUCAGAACCUUCGAGAUACUCGGAGGGCAGAGGCCGCGACGGUUUUGAUAGAGGAGGAAUGAUGCACCGUGGCCGUGGCGGCAUGGGCCGCGGCGGCAUGGGUCGCGGGAUGGGCAGCGCUGGAGACAGAGGUGGCUUCAGUAAGCCUGGUGGACACAUGGGCGGCGAAGAGCGUGAGAUGGGGCGGCCCGAAGAGCAAGAUGAAUCCGAGAACUGCGCUAUCUACAUGACUGGCUUGACCGAGAAGGCCAACAUCGAGGAGAUGGCGGAAUUCUUUAAACACGUCGGCCCAAUUAGGUUCAAUCGCAGGCUCGGGCAGCUUGCCAUUAACAUCUACACUGACAAGGAUUCGGGAAAGCCCAAGGGAGACGCCACCCUCUCCUACGAGGAGCCGGCCUGUGCCAAAGCUGCCGUGGAGUACUUUGAUGGUAAGGAGUUCCAGGGCCGCAGGCUCAAGGUGUCGAUGGCGCGUCGUAAAACCCAGAUCCCCAUGCGUGAUGGCAUGAUGGGCCGUGGAGGUAGGUCACAGCUGCUUUUUACACAUUUGUGUUUUUACACUGCAGUUCCUUUCAUAACGAUGCCAAACGCCCAAUUAGGCAUGAUGGGCCGCGGAGGCGAGCGCGGCGGCUUUAUGCCCCGAGGCGGCCCGCGUGGGAUGGGCCGAGGCGGACCGACGGGGGCCAACAUGCAACAGAGGGCCGGCGACUGGGAGUGUCCCAAUCCGGGUUGCGGCAACCAAAACUUUGCCUGGAGGAUGGAGUGCAACCAGUGCAAAGCCCCCAAACCAGACGGGAUGGGCGGCGGGCCCCCGUUCGUUCCCGGGGGUGAACGAGGCAGAGGCGGGAUGGGAAUGCGAGGGGGCCGAGGCAUGGACCGCGGCGGGCCCGCGGGCGGCCCCGGAGGCUUCCGAGGAGGCUGGGGAGGCGAUCGCGGCGGAUUCAGGGGGCGCGGCGGCAUGGACCGAGGCGGUUUCCGGGGAUCCCGCGGAGGGCCGCCCAUGGGUGGCAGAGGAAGGGGCAUGGGCCCACCAGGUGGCAAGAUGGAUAUGAGGGACCAUCGCCAGGAGCGCAGAGAGAGACCAUAUUGAAGUUCUUAAACCUUCCUCGUACGGAAUUUGUUUUAAGAUGAGCAUUUUUAAUUUAUGGUUCCAUAUGUUGAUCGGACUCCUUUCAAACAUUCUCUGCAGUUUCCACUUCCAUUUUUACUUUACUUUAUUGUAGUUUAACAAUUUAUGUGCAUGCCCUUUUUUUUGCCCUUUUUUUAAAUGAUACUUAGUUUUGUCAUUGUAUCAAAAGUACACGUUGAACAGCUUGUCCCCUUUCAAAUAUUCUUGUUGGGAAUAAAUCUUUUAUUAAUA